UGGCCCGCUUGCUGAUAUCACCUUGCCGUACUUCGUAUCUCCAGACCCCAAGCUCUGCAGUUUUGUUGGUCGCGCAAAUUUUUAUGAUUUCACGGACGUGAUUUGCAGGAGCUGGAAUUGAUUCAAACUCAUCUUCGUCGACUUUGCGCAUUGAGCGCAUGUAGUUGGACAACACCAAUCAUCUGGACCAUGGCCGAAACGCAAGAGAAGGGGAUUGUGGGGCGGGCCCGAGGCAUGUCGGUGUCCCUGAUGAACACAACACCGCAGCUGGGCAUGUGGCAGGCGACAGCAACAGCGAUCGCACAAGCACCAAAUUUGACCGAGCUGCGCGAACCAGAGUCAGGAGGAUCCAACAUCGAGUUCGAUGCACACGGCCACUCAAUUCGAACUGCAGUCCCAGAUGGAGACUCUCCAGGAGAGCUCACGCUGGCCAGAACGCAGACCAAGCCACUCUUCAGCCCCGUUGAACAAGUCGUUUCCACAGAAGACACGGAUGUCGAAGCUGGCGGGAAGAAACACCAUCAUCAUCAUCACCACGGCCUCCACCGUCGCCAGACCCUGAAAGAGAAACACGCCUCCGCGCACAAAGAGCCCUGGGGCCCCACCAUCAAAAACGGCCUCAAAGCCUUCUGGGUCUUCUUCCUCACGCCCUCAGGCUUCCUAAUCACGAUCUACGGGCUCAACGUCGUCGCCUGGGGCGCGAUGCUCUUCUUCCUGCUCCUCAACGCCGCGCCCGCCAUGUGCCACCCCAGCUGCAGCGACGACAACUCACCCAACAAGAAGUGGCUCGAAAUCGACUCGCAGAUCCUCAACGCGCUGUUCUGCGUCACCGGCUUCGGCCUCGCGCCCUGGCGCUUCCGCGACUUCUACUGGAUGCUGCGCAGCGUGCACGCGCACGACCACCACGCCAUGCAGCGCCUCUUCACCCAGAACAAAGCCUGGUUUCGCCCCCCGGCGUGGUUCACGGAUGAGCAGGCCGAGCCCGAGAAGCUGACGUUUACGGGGGAGCGCGCGCCGCCGACGCCGAUGUGGAAACUUGCGUUUACGGUGGAUAUGAUGGUGCUGAACACGCUGCUGCAGGCGGUGCUGUGUUUCUUCAUGUGGCAUUAUAAUAGGUUGGAUCGGCCGACGUGGGCGACGGGGACGUUUAUUGCGCUGGGGUGCGGGGUGGCGAUGGCGGCGGGCGUGAUGUCGUGGUGGGAAGGGCGGAAGGUGAAGAAGAUUGAGGGGCCGGAGAUCAAGGUCGUGGAGGCGUGAGGGAUGUUUUGUGGUUGCUAUUACAGCGUAAUGAUACUCUUGAACAAAGAAAUGGGCGCGUGCCGUCUAGCAUCGCCCUCUUACUUCUCAGA